AUGUCGCGGGCCCAGUUGCUCCAGCGGUCCUGGAGCGAGGCUGCAGCAGCGUACCAGGAGCACAUGGUGCCCCGCUUCGUGCCAUGGACACUUGCCACUCUGGAUGCCUUUGGGUCGACCCGCAUUCCGGAAGGCUUGGUCGUGGUGCCGGCUUGCGGACCAGGUCAAGAGCUGCCUCUGCUUGCAGACCUGCUGCCCAACCAUGACAUCCUCGGCGUCGAUCUUGCUGAAGGCAUGGUUGCCAUUGCAAGGCGAGUCAUCCAGCAUCAAAACCUCAGGCGGGUCACUGCCAUGGCAGGGGAUGCCAAGUCGCUGACACAACUCUCCGGCUCCCGUCCCAUCACCGGCAUAUACUCCUGCUUCGGUCUGCAGAUCAUCCCAGGACCUGCAGAGACCCUCAGGUCCUGGGCUGCCAGCCUGGCACCAGGCGGCACCCUGGCAGUCACCUACUGGCCCGAAAUCGCGGAGCAGGAGGGACCGUGGCGCACACUCAUCUCCCUGACACCACCCGCCGACAGGCCGGCUGACUGGGAGGUCGGCAUCCCCGGUGAAGCCCUGAAAGAGCCCGGAGUGGAGCUCGUAGCCGACAAGGGACUGGACUUUAGCAUGGAGUGGCCCAGUGCAGGGGCCUUCUUUGAUAUCCUGAGCACGGCAGGCCCCUGGAGGGCUCUGGCCAUUCUUCGUGGUCCCGCCUUCAUGGAGGAGCUGCGCAGGAAAUUUCUGGCCACAUGUCCGGAAGCAGAUGCCGAGCCGCUGGUCCACACCCUCACUGCGAGGAUGAUUGUCUUGAGAAAGGCUGGUCAAAUCCUGUCAGCCUGGCUGAUCCGGGACUCCAUCUUUGAGUCCUGA